AUGUGUGGCUGCAAAAGACGCCGCGAAGCCCGUGCCGCCUGGCUCGAACAACGUGCCGCCGGUGGCGGGCGAUGCGGAAGAGGCUUCGGCCCAGGUGAAGGUCCGCCGUUCCGUCCUCCGUUCAUGGGCGGACCUUUUGGUCGCUGGAGAGACACGCCACGCAACUACCGAGAUGGAGACCCUUCCCAGCUGCAACAUCUCAACCCUCGGGAUGUGGCGAUCCCACGAGACGUUGAGAAGGCAGCCUCUUCUCAAGACCCCCAGCCUUCUCAGCCUAAACAACCUCUGCAACCUCCCCAGAAAGACGUUGGCCGCGUGUCCUUCAUGUCAGGCCCCUUCAGCAGAUGGCGAGACUCUGUUAGGAGCGACUUUAAGUCUGACUUGAGAAGGGACUCCACCACUACGCUGCCCCCUCGUUACGCCUCCGGUGUCACAGACGUUCCGCGACUUGAUAAGGAGAAGCGUGAAUCGCUUCCACCGACGUACGAUGCUGCGACGAAGUACUGA